AUGCUUUGGAACUUUUACAAUGUCUAUCUAAAGAAAUUUCCGCUAUACCUGAUUUGGAGAUCCCCAAAAAUAGGAGUAGAUCUGGCUCUCUUUAAAGCUAUAGAGCAUGGGAUAAUUGAAAUAGUUACUGAGAUAAUUAGAGUCAAUCCUGCCUUUUUGACCCAACGACUUGAUUUUCAGAAGGGUAUCCUUCAUGCGGCGAUAUGUUUUCGACAAGAGAAAGUUUUCAACCUUAUAUAUGCAGUUGGUAAAUGGAAGGGCUUGAUGAUUAUUGGAUACGAUGAAUACAAAAAUAACAUAUUACAUCUUGCAGCCAUGUUAGCACCUCCGUAUCGACUAGCUCAUUUCUCAGGUGCAGCUUUGCAAAUGCAAAAAGAGCUACAAUGGUAUAAGGAAGUGGAAAGCGUUGUAGACCCUACAUUCAAACUACUAGUCAACGAUUAUGGUGAAAAACCUAGCCAAUUAUUUACCAAUAGCCAUAAGCAGUUGAUGGAAGAAGCAGAGAAAUGGAUAAAGGAGAUUGCAAAUUCUUGUACUGUUGUUGGUGCUCUUAUCAUUACAAUUAUGUUUACUGUUGCAUUUACUGUUCCUGGAGGUAACAUUCAAGAUAAUGGCUAUCCAAUAUUUUUACAUGAAAAGGCAUUCAAGGUAUUCAUAACAGCUGAUGCAGUUUCUCUAUUUGCGGCCUCUACUUCAGUAUUAAAAUUCUUAGGAGUCUUGACUUCACGUUAUGCAGAAGAAGAUUUCCUCGAGUCGUUGCCUAGAAAGUUAAUCAUUGGUCUUUCCACCCUUUUCUUCUCUAUUGCAGCCAUGAUGAUAGCCUUUUGUGCUACUCUUAUAAUAAUGCUUGAUGGAGAUUUGGGACUUAUCAUUCCUACUGUUUUGAUGGCUAGUGUUCCAGUUGCAGUUUUCAUAUUUUUGCAAUUUCCUCUCCUUGUUGAGAUUUUCAUAUCCACAUAUGGACCAGGCUUGUUUGAUAGAAAAAUGAAGUAUUUGUUUGAAAAAGAUCGUGGCUCUGAAUAG